AUGGCACCAUCUAAACCAUCUAAACCAUCAAGUUCUGUCACUUACAAUAUCCGAUCCAUCACCAAGAAUUGGAAAAUCCAUCGCGUCCAUGAAUGUUUGCCUAGAGCACUAUGGCCCAACAAGCAGUUUGAGGCGACACAAUGGGAUAUUGGAAUUCUUACGCUCCUAAGUCAGAUAUCCGCCGUACCGAAUGCCACCAUCCAGGACUUUCGAGCAAAGGCUAGGCGUGCAAUCAAGGCGCGACAAGAGCGAAAUGGGACAGCAGCUGGGAAGGUGGGGUGGGUAAAAGUAACAGACCUCAAGGCUGUUCUGAAAGAAUAUGAAAAAGAGAUUGCAGAAGCAGACGCGGCAAAAAAUGCUCAAGAAGAAGCCGACUCAAUAGGCAAUAUUCAAACAGAAUUUGUAGAGUUACCCAAGACACCAAUGGCACCUGUUGAAGACUCGGAAGAAGAAGAUGAAGAACAAGGCUCUUCUGAGCCUCUUCCUGGCGGAAAAUAUCAGUAUCUCACUCAUGUCCGCCCCCUAAAAGUCGACUUGAAUCCUUCGGCAUCUCCGCCAAAGAAGGCAAUUCAACCAAAAGCUACUCGAGGCAAGAAGCGACAAGUGGAAGAAGAAGCACCGCUCGAUCCCUCCGCCAUAGAGAGACCAAGCGUGGUACAGCAAGAUCCCGAUCCCCGGGCACCGGACGACACCGGUUUUCUCUCUGACUUGGAGCCUGAGAAGACGAAGCAAAAAGAGCGGAAGAAAAAGAGACUAUCUAGGCUUGAACAAUAUCCUGUCCGUGUACCGCACUGGCAGCGCAAUUUAGAUUAUAUUGCAGCCGGUCCUUUACGGCUAUCGAAUGGUACUGAAGCAGCCAAUGGAGCUGUAUCUGAGGGUACACUUGUAAAUGGAAAAGACGAGGAUGAAGAUCUCGAGAUGAAUCUGGAUAACCUGCCUAGCAUUCCGAUUAACGCGACAGUCAAAGAGAGAAGGGAGAUGGAGGAGUUGAGGCUUCGAAUGGAACAGCGCAUAUGGAGAAUCAAGGUUCUUCGAAUAAAGGAAAGGGAAGGCCGCAGUGACGACCUUGUGGGACAGGGCGAAGUUGUAGAUGAUGGCGUCAGCCAGGGAGAAGAAGGUGAUGCAGAAGAUGAAAAUGAUGAUUCAGACGAACGUGACGAAAUUGAAAAUGAAGAAAAUGGCACUCCUGGUGAAGGUAGAGUGCUGCGAAGCAGAAAAGCAAAGUAG